AAACCAACUCAAGUUUCAUUCAGUGAUCAUAACUACCAAUCAAUGACUACUUUUAUCCAAUUCAAUACCUUCUCCCCUCCCACUGAAUCUUGUUCAACUUCCGACUGCAGCACCACCGGAAGUAAUAGUUUUUUCGACGAGGAGAUCAAACUGGCUUCAAGAAAUCCCAAAAAAAGAGCUGGAAGGAAGAAAUUCAAAGAAACACGCCACCCAGUUUACAGGGGUGUAAGGAGAAGGGAUUCCGGCAAGUGGGUCUGUGAAGUGAGACAACCUAAUAAGAAAACCAGUUUAUGGCUAGGGACCUAUCCAACGGCGGACAUGGCUGCUAGAGCUCAUGACGUCGCCGUUUUGGCUAUGAAGGGCCGUUCAGCCUGUUUGAAUUUUGCUGACUCAUUGUGGCGGUUGCCGAUCCCGGAAUCUAGUUCUGUCAAGGAUAUUCAGAGAGCGGCGGUGGAGGGGGCUGAAGCUUUCCGGCCGGUGGAGUCUGAUGUGGCGGAGGUGGAAGAAAGUAAAGAGUUGGCCGGAAAUGUGUUUUAUAUGGAUGAAGAAGCGAUAUUUGGGAUGCCGGAAUUUUUUGCCUACAUGGCGGAGGGGUUGAUGCUACCGCCGCCUAUUACCGUUGGAUACGACAACUGUGAAGAUAACGUGGAAUUUAGUAUUGACGCGUCCUUGUGGACUUUCUAACUUCGAAAUAUAAUUUUUGGUUCUACCUACGUAUCCCUUAAUACGAAUAAAAAUCAAUUAUCAAACAAUUUUAUUCAUUUA